AUGUCGUCUUCUUCAACGUCUACACAAUCGCAGCCCUACAAAGUCAUACCGUCCGACUCCCAGGAUGACCUCGACCACUUCAUCGACAUAAUUAGCGACUCCUUUGCAGCCACUGCUCUGACGACAUCGUUCAUAGUGGACAACGACAAGACUCCGCCGCCCUAUCCCUCUCCACUAGUCAACAAGGACCGUCGGCGGCGCCACUUCGCCUCAGGGAUCCUCGACAGCGCCGCAUCGGGUGCCGAGCUGGUCCAGGCGGGGAACUGGUCGGCCGUCGCGCUGUGGGAGCCGCCGCAUUUCCAAGGCAAGGCGUUCAUCGACUCGAAAGCCGAUCCGGGCACCCUGCUCACCGAAUGGAGGGGAAGAGUCAGUGCCGCAAAGGCUAGGUGUCUGGCGUUACCACCGUCUACCGAGUUGAGUCCGUCGACAGACUCGGAUUCCACCUCGACGUCGGACUCGGACGGGGACAAGGAGGCGGCACCAGCACCACCCGAAGAACAGCAACUACUCCGGCCGUACUACCAUCUGUCGUUCCUGGCUCGGAACAAGUCCGUGUCCAAGGUCGAAGGCAGCAUCAACGCCGUCAUGACCCCUUUCUUGAACCGGGCCAGAGACGAGAACGUCGCCGCUUGGCUGGAGGCCACUACGCCCCAGGCCGCGAGAAUCUACGAACACUUCGGGUUCCGCAUCGUCGAGAAGAUCACCAUUGGGAAGGGAAAGAUUGAUCACGAGGGCUGGCCGAGCGGAGACGGUCAAGAGGGAGAAGGCGUGACGGCGUGGGCGAUGGUGUAUGAUCAGCAUUUGAGGGAUUGA